AUGACGCAUGGGCCGCCAAAGGAUAUCAUGGACUACAAAUACUCCGGUCAGCGCGCUGGGUGCCAACAUCUUUUCAAGGCUAUAGCUCAAGCUCAUCAUCGACCCUUGAUGCAUUGUUUUGGUCACAUCCACGAAGGAUGGGGUGCUAAGCUCAUCCGAUGGCGCGAGAAAAUCAAUCUAGAGCCUUCUCACUUCACUGAUAUUGAUAAUGAACAUUUUGUUCUCAUAUCCACACUAUCCACCAUCAAAGAAAAAGGGAAUCCCACAGGGUGCGCUAGUGCAAGCCAUUGCUCUGGUAACACCAGUACGCUAAAACAGGGCUCUGAAACACUUUUCAUCAACGCCGCAUUUGAGGGCUCUCAGGAUUUCUUGAUACAACCACCAUGGCUUGUAGACCUCGAACUUCCAGCAGCGGUAUGA